UGCCCAGGUGGCCUCUCCCCGGGGUCUAAUCCCCUCGCGCCCCCGCGCGUCCUUCUUUGUUUCUGAGCUUGCUCUGAAAGUGAUGUAACAAGGCCAGGCUCGCGCGCCGCUUUCCCUCUUUCCCAGACUAAGUCCUUCCUCCCUCCAGCACCCGGCGCUCUGCGCGCAGAGCUGGGCGCUGGGCUGCGCCGCUGCUCGGCUCCCACAGCCCUGGAGACCGACGGGCACUGUUGGGAAAGACAGGCUCCCACGUCCCACCUUCUGGCUGCAAAGUCAGUGGGAAGAGCCAGGCUUCCCUUCCAGAAACAAGGGAGAGAGCCGAGGGGACAGCUGCUGUGGAGGUUUCUAAGGAGACUCAGACUGGUUUCUUUCCCUGCUCCCGGGAGACGGCAGGAAACCUCAGAAGGGAAGACCAUUGCUCUCUGGUCAGCAGGCAGCCCCAACCUGGAUGGAGUGAAAGAUGCGGCCUGAUGACAUUAACCCGAGGACUGGGCUGGUCGUGGCCCUGGUCAGUGUCUUCCUGGUCUUUGGCUUCAUGUUCACCGUCUCUGGGAUGAAAGGAGAGACUCUGGGAAACAUCCCCCUGCUGGCCAUAGGGCCCGCCAUCUGCUUACCAGGCAUUGCAGCCAUCGCCCUGGCCAGGAAGACCGAGGGGUGCACCAAGUGGCCCGAGAACGAGCUGCUGUGGGUCCGCAAGUUGCCCUGCUUCCGGAAAGCCAAGGACAGGGAGGUGGUGGAACUGCUGCGGACCCCUUCAGACCUGGAGUCGGGCCAGGGGAGCUCAGAUGAGCUGGCUAAGAAGGCGGGCCUCAGGGGGAAGCCUCCCCUCCAAGGGCAGGGCGAGGUGCCUAUGGCCAGCUCCAUCACCACCCCCACACGCACAGAGGAAGGAGAAUGCCAGAGCCCGGUCCAGAGCGGGCAUCGGGAGGAGACAUCCAGGUACCUGGAUGGCUACUGUCCCUCGGGCAGUUCCCUCACCUACAGUGCCUUGGACGUCAAGUGCUCAGCCUGGGACAAGUCUGAGCGCCCUGAGCCUGAGGACAGCAUCUUCUUCGUGCCCCAGGACAGUAUCAUCGUUUGCUCCUACAAGCAGAACAGCCCCUAUGACAGAUACUGUUGUUACAUCAAUCAGAGCCAAGGCAGGUGGGACCACGAGACGAUAGUCUAAGCUUUGCAUACAAGAGCUGCUGUGUUGAUAGAAAUACGACUACACUCAGCUUCCAAUGGAAGGAAACUGCCCUGCUCCAACAGCCUUCACACUGUUAGAAAUUGAUCUGGUAUGUGAUGGGUGUGCAAACCUCCGGUGCCUGAGAGCCAUGUAAAUAGGCAUGUCAGGGACACAUUUUAGGGAAGGGUGAUGGGGAUUAAGGACACUGGAAGAGGCAGUGGGUAGGAAAGGAAGCAGUUCCAAUUGCUUUUUAACAAUUUAAACCACGUUGGAUGUUUUGUAAAACGACCCGAAAAGUACUGUCAGUCCCUGCUGAAAGCAAGAUAAAUCCAGAGUGGGCUGCAGAUACCAGGCAUGAAAUGAUAUAUGGACUAUUCAUAGGGAAACUGAGCUGUUUUCAGUCUGAAGAAAUUGAAAGAAAAAAACAAUUCAAUGCUUCAUUAUAUGAAAUGAUUUUUGUCUGGUGAAAGCUUUUCACACUGAUUAUUUGCUGAAAGAAAAAAAUAUUAAGACAAUAGCUAUGUCCCUCCUAAGGUGUGGUGGUUACUGGAGAAAGGGGAGUUAAAGACAGCUGAAUUAUGUAAUUGAGUUUUACGAUAUUAAGAUCAGGGAUUUUUAAAUAAAGUAACAUAAGUGUGACCAGUUGUGUGAAUAACUAACAUUUUUAGAUGGCUAUGUUACUUCUUAAACUCUUCAUUUAAAUUGACUUACCGGGUCUUUAUCUGAAGUGCUUUUUGUUUGUUUGUUUGUUUGUUUGUUAGCAUUUACUAUCAUUCAUGUAUAAUUUCUUCAUCAGGUGCAAUACA